AUGCAGCAUUUCGGUGGGGCAAAACUGAUGGAUGCCAGAGUGGCUGGGCUUUCAGCAGGAUGCCACGGCAUGCCACGGAACGCCGCGGGAUGCCGCAGCACGCCGCGGGAUGCCACUACACAACCUGCCGUGCCAUGCUGUGCCACGCCGUCAAUGCUGGUGUUUAGCCAGGUUCUGGCCAUCGUGUCGGUUGCCGCGGACCUGGUCACUGCCCAACCAGACAACUUCACGGAUUUAGACUUAACGCCUGUAACAGAGGAAAAUAAUACAUGUAAGUUUUCAGACCACUUUGGAAAAUAUGUGAAAUGCACAACGAAACACGGUAAAGAGGGUCAAUGUGUGAACGAGAGAUUCUGUAAUCAAGAACACGUUAUUUUACCAGGUGGAGACAUUGAUGACGUUGAUCUCAGAGAAAAACACGUUUGUGUCGGGGAACUAGACUGGUGUUGCUCGGUGGAAUUAUUGAACACACCUACACCAGCCAACGCCGCACCAAAUGAUACAUGCCUAGCGACAAACGAUGAAGAGAGCUCCUGGACUGUGGCGCUGUACAAGUUCCAACCAGAUAAUCCACAAUCAUCGCGUUUAUUCUGCGCGGGUGUCUUGAUCUCUUCUAACGUGGUGCUCACUUCGGCGACAUGUCUUCUAUCAGCACGUAACCACAUACUGUAUGUUCACGCGCCCGCAUCAACCGUGCAGAACAAUUACACGGUCAAAUACCGUGUAGCCCAUAAAGAUUAUAAUUCAGGUACACAUGUACAUGACUUCGGUAUUUUGGUGCUGGAGAAAAACGUUGAGUGGGGCAAGGAAAAGCCAAGGAGUGCCUGUCUCGACUUCACAACCAAAUUGCAAGGGGACUGUUUAGCAACAGGAUUCAGUAGCGACUUUGAAAUCACGACGACAUUAUUGUCAGUGGAGCAGAAGGGUUGUGGUCCCAGGCAGGACCCGGGCGACGUGUGUUGCGGUACAAACGUUAGUGACGAUGACGAUUGCAUCAUUACACCCGGUGCACCAGUGCUUUGCCUGUCUAGUGACAAAGUGUUCACCGUUGUUGGAGUGUCAAGGUCGAUUUGUAAAAAUAACAAACAAGUGAGCAUCGGAGAACUGUCAACAGUGAAAACAUGGCUUCAGAGCGAAUUAGUAGAAAUUAAUCUCCUACAAAAUGUGUACACUUAUAAAAAGUUAUAA